GCCUUUGCCGCGCCCGCCCCAACCCAAAGCCGAAGCCGCCGCCGUGGCACCGCCCUCUGCCCUGCCCUGCCCUUUAAAUUCCUCUCCCUUUGUUCCAAUUGGAGAAUUCUUUCGUGAAUAUGGAAGGCAACUUCUCCGAUCCCAUGCCGGCGCCGGCUUCCGUUGUUUCUCAGCCCACCGGGGACGAUUCCAGCGAUGUGAGUCCUCCACGGCAGAUCACAAAACCGAGUAUUUCAGUGGAGGAACCCACAUCCACGGAAUGGACUGAUGAGAAGCAUAGUCUGUAUCUGAAAUCCAUGGAAGCAUCAUUUGUAAACCAGCUAUACAAGCAUGACCAUUUUCCCGUGGAUUGGGCUGAUUGGAAUCCGCAGAAAAUUAGAAAUCCCAUACACAGAAGUCAUCGAUCCGGCGGCCGAGUUUUUUCCGGCCAUUUCAAGGUCUUUCGAGAUAAUUGCUGGAAAGUCGUCAACUUCAAAACAAAUCGACCGGAUCUGAGCAUAGAGAAUGAUUUUUUGGGUGGCGCAUGGGUUCAGCAUUUUAGGGCUGCGCACAUACUGCAAGAUACAAAAUCCAAAGAAGAAGCUGCAAUAAGCUUAAGGAGGAAGAGGAAAACACAUUAUUAUGGCAUACCAGCCAAUUCAAAAGGUCCCCUUGAUACUGCAGAGGUAUCAGACCAGAACUUUGUGAAUGAAGACCCUGAAGAAGAGAGCCUGGCACUUUAUGCAGCGGGGGGGAAAGGAACGAAGAUCGGCAGUUGACAUUUUUUUUUUACAUAUUUAGUCUUACCCCUCAAGUUGUUCCAUAACUGGAGAGAGAGAGAGAGAGAGAGAGAGAGAGAGAGAGAGAAGCCAAAUGUGUGGUGAUGAAGGAUGAAGGGUAUGACAAUGUUCUUAUUUUGAUAGCGUAGAUUUUAUAUUUCACCUUUUAGAUUUGAAUUUGCAUGAAGUUAGAUUGAAUAAUGAAUACAGAAUAAUUUUGUAUUGUGUUUUA